UUGUGAAACCCAGUCUUAUCCCAUAUAGGUGAAAGGUGGAUUCUUGGAUGUGGGUUUUUUGACACUCGUGCACCUGUAUGUCAACGAUCCAGCGAAUAUUUGGAGGAUUCAUAGCUGCGAUGCUGAAAAGUACUGCGACAAGCAACACUAGUAGCGGCAGUAUAGUAUACUCAUACACCACAGCUGUUUUAACUUGUUAGCAGAUGAUUAUUGGAUUGAUUGAAAGAGACAAGAAAGACAUGAAGAAUUAAUUAGGAAUAAUGAUUCACGGGUGAUUGUAUAUGAGAAAUAGGAAUGGAUUGGCAUCGGAUCAUCUUUGCGUUCCUAAUCACUCUUCUGAUACAUUACAGUAAUCACAUGGUCAUAACAGAUUUACAACUGGUUGGAGGUCCAUCAUCUAAUAAAGGUACCGUAGAGGUCAAACGAGAUGGCGAUGCUUGGGAGACGACUUGUGGAAUAAAUCUUGACUUCGAUGAUGUCAUCGUUAUUUGCAGACAGUUAGGAUUCACUGGAGCUAGUUUAGCAAUGCAGACUACGCCUUAUGGACAGAAUUCAACUCCUUAUAUUGGAUUUAAUUGUAACGGAAGCGAAGGAAACAUUGCAGCAUGUCCUACAUUCUCAAAUGCAUCGGGGUGUUCCCCAGCCGGAGCAGCAUCUUGUCAUGGUGAGAGAUAUCUGGGAUGUUUUAAAGAUGAUUCGGAUGACAGAGUGUUAUCUAGCACCUUCGUCUUUAAUAGUCCAUCGAUGAAUAUUUCAUAUUGCAUUCUGCUCUGUCAAGGGUUUACCACAGCCAACUAUGUAUACGCUGGUGUUGAAAGUGGAAAUGAAUGUUCCUGUGGAGUAGCCAGUGAUAACUAUGCAAGACAUGGAGUGGGAGUUGAUUCGAACUGUUCUCUUCCAUGUCAUGGAGACCCAACUGAGAGCUGUGGUGGUACUGGAUACAUAGCUGUCUUUAGAAUAUCAGCCGCCAUGACAAUGAACACACCGACUACGGUAGUGGCCACUUCACCACUUACGACGACAUCCAUUGUACCUUCCACUAACCAGGAAGUUAUAACAAACGGUGGUAGAAUUUCAACACCCUCAUCACCAUCACCAUCAUCAUCAUCAAGAUCAACAUCAUCAUCAUCAUCAUUAUCAUCAUCGUCACCACCACGAUCAUCAUCAUCAUCAUCACCUACGGAACCUCAAAGACAAUCCAAUCUUCCUACGACAGGAAAUAGCACAGUCUUGUAUGCAGGGAUUGGUGGAGGUGUGGCUACUGUUGUGAUCAUCGCCAUCAUAGUCUUCGUCGCCAUCGUUUGUUUCACAAAGAGGUCACAACAGAGAAUAAAAGGUAUCGCCUCUUCACAAGGGGCGACUUUGACUCAAGCCAGCAGGCCUCCAGAAUAUGAAGAAAUAAAUGACUUCGGUAUCCCCAACGGUGUAAUGGCAGAGUCACCGUCCGCCAGAGGCUUCCAACCUGGGGCACAAGCACACAACGCGAAGUUUUCUAGAGGAGACAAGAACGUUCUCCUUGUAAAUCUAAAUCCCAAUAAAUCAUCGAAUAUAUAUGAGGGGACAAUGGAUGAAACCCCAGACUCUGAACUGACGCCAUAUACUUCACGUGGGACCACUGACAUCCUGCAGAAAAGUAACGAACGAUUAAGCGUCCUUUACGCCAUGCCUGACAAGAACAGAAACGGAGCACAGGACGGCUACGACGAAAUUAAUCUCGGAAUUGCACCCUAUUCUUCUUUUGAAAAUUCUGAGCAGCCAACCGCCUCGGCGAAGAUGGCCGACAGAAUGAGUGUCGUUUACGCCGCACCCGAUAAGAACCGAGAUCGAAACGGCACCUGGGAAGAUAUGGACAGUCUGUGUGCUAUGCCAGAUAAGAAUGGAAACCGGAACCCUUCGGAUGAUACUUCGGAAGAUGUCGGCAGUUUGUACGCGAUGCCUGAUAAAUCCCGAGGAAAGCCAGAUGGAUGUGAUGGCGACCAGGAUCCAUACGCAAAAUAUAAUGAUUCAUUUUCUGGUGAUCAAUAUAAUGAAAUGGAGAUGGUUGAAAAUGAACUUUAUACUAUGUAAGAGGUGUCAGUUUGAAGUAGCAGUAAACAUGGUAAGUAAAUGGGUAUUUUUUUCAGUUUUAUUUGAAAUGUCAUAAAAUGUCAUUAUUAAAUCAUUCCGUAAUUACAAUUUCGUACACAAACAUCCACACAUCUUAUUUUUAUGCCCUUUACACUAUCAUGUCCAUUCAAUUAAUGCGUUCCUUCAAGACAUACUGCGGAGAUGUGGAUGUGUCGUAUUGGAAAUUAUGUGCAAAUUAAAAUAUAUUCAUCAUCAUACAAGAAUUUAAUGCUUAACGGAAAUGAAUUCAUCUUAAAAGCUAUGCCACCUUUAUUAUUUGCUGACAUAGCGAUAAAUUAUCUUUGAUUUUCUUACCAACAUAUGGAUAAUUUCACCUUCAUGAUAAUUACAAUAAUUAAUCACCUAAUGUAUUUGACAAAGUAUAACAACCAAAACUACGGCAAAGAAUGAAAAUAAUGAUAGAGAUACAGGGGUCCAUUGACUACAUUUUUAAAAAUAGUAAUCAUGACAAAUUAAUAACCACUUUUGAAAACUGUAGAAAAUCUGGAACCAUGAUAUCUUAUGUUAGCUCGCUGAAAUACGAAAAUGUGUUGAACGGUGAAUGCAGUGAACUGAUGAUUUUGAUAUGCCAAAUGUCAAAGCUGAUUGUACUGGAUCAAUUAUCUGAUUGUGCAGUAGAUUUAUGUAACUAUGCGAUAUUACAGAAAAACAUAGCAGAUGCAAAAUAAACUUAAUAGUGUU